UCCCUCCUCUACUUCUCGCAUCAACUCUCUCCCAAUCUGUCUCUCUCUCUCUCUCUCUCUCUCUCUCUCUCUCAAUUCUCUCUUAAACCUACCCUCCAACUCAUUCUCACACCCCAUUUUUCAUAUGCUCUAAAACACUUGAAAAAUGAUUCAUCAACUCAAGAAAAACACCACCACUCUGUUCCUCACACUUCUUGUUGCCUCAACCUUAUUAUUACUAGCAAAGUCUUCACCUUUACAAUCAUCAACCACAAGAUCAAUAUAUGAUAUUCUUCAAGCAUAUGGGUUGCCCAUGGGCUUAUUACCAAAGGGGGUUAAAGAUUUCAGCUUUGAUGAUUCUAGUGGCAGAUUUGAAGUCCAUUUGGAUCAACCUUGCAAUGCUAAGUUUGAGAAUGAAUUACAUUAUGAUCAAAAUAUUUCUGGGAAAUUGACUUAUGGUGAGAUGAAUGGAUUGUCUGGAAUCUUGGCUCAAGAUUUGUUCUUGUGGUUUGCUGUCAAGGAAAUUAGAGUUGAUGUUCCUAGCUCUGGUUUGAUUUACUUUGAUGUUGGUGUCGUUUCUAAGCAGUUCUCUUUGUCUUCUUUUGAAACUCCAAGGGAUUGUUUGGCUGUCCAGUCAUCUGAUCUGCACCACCUUCACAUUCAUGAUGAGACCACCUUAAUUAAACAACCUGCUGCUUCUCCUUAUAAGACUUCUUCUGGAAAUUUUAGGUACCAACUUGGUUUCAAAGACUUGGCAAUGGCUACUUUAUGAAUUGUUGAUCAGCGUGAAACACGAUGUAGGCACGACAGUUCUAUACAGUAAUGGGGUAUUCUGGUUCUUGUAGUACUUGUUUGAAAGAAUCUGGUUUAGCAGGCCUCACACUUCAUUCUAGUGUGUGCUUGCUUGAUUGUGGUUUUUUUGUAUAGUGCCGCUGCAAACUAGUUACAGACACACUCCCAUUGCUUUCAACAAUUUCGGGUAAAUUUCAUGAUGCAACAUAUGAGAAUUCUGGUUGCAGAAAACACAGAUGGCCUUAGCAGCAGGUGAUGAACCUGCUUAAAUGGGUUUCCUCUGUUCAAUUCAUUAUGGACAUACACAUACAUUUACUUCAAUUAAAUCUCUUUUUUUGUAGUACAAGACAUACUGCAUAGUUCCCUCGGGGAAGAAAUAAUGAAUAUAAUUUAUUUUCCGA